UCAUGCCAUAGUGGGCGUACCCCGGCGAAUGACGUAGGCGGAGCUAGAGGUGCUACACGGACCGCGCCUCCAUUCAUGCCGUACUGAGAGCGCUCCCGGAGCUUGCCCUCCCCAUCACACCGGAGAACAUGCUGCGGGUGUGCAGGAAGGCCCAGGCGGCGGUGCUCGCCAAGGAAUGCCUGUGUAGCAGAGUAUCCCUCCGUCCCUUGCGUGCAGCCAGAUCCUACUCUACUGCUGAAUCAUCUGGUCCCUCUGCUGCAAAGAUCAUUGGUGCCGGCAUCUUGCUCACAGGCGGAGGCAUCGGGGGCACUGUCCUGUACGCCAGCUGGGACCCACGAUUUCGAGAGAAUGUUGAGAAGACUAUUCCCUACUCCGACAAGCUGUUUGACUUGGCUCUCGGGCCUCCUGCUCCAGCCAGUCUGCCUGUGCCAAAGAAACCACUAAAAUCGGGCCCACUUCAGAUUUCCUCUGUGUCUGAAGUGAUGAAGGAAUCCAAGAUGCCUAAGAAAGAGAAGGUCGAGGCUCGUCUACCAACUCCUCCUCCCCCACCUACGGAAAAUGUGGAUUUGGAAGCAUCAUCGCAUGUAGCCCAAAUAAUCUCAGCAACUGGGGAAGCUCUGUCUGUUCCGGCUUCAGUCGUUCACGAGGAGGAGUCUUCCAAAGCCUCAGAGCCAGUGGAGCCAGCAGUCACUGCAGAGGAGCACUGCAAGGAGUGUGAGCACGAGGCUACGCACAAGUUGAAAGAACGGCCUCCUGAAGAGGUGGCGGCUCGCCUUGUUCAGCAAGAUAAGGAAGAACAAGAAAGGAUUAAAUCUAUAGCUGCAGCGUUAGAGGAUGCGCUGAGCAACACUGCCCGAGUUACACUGCAGGCUAUCGGCACCCAGGAGUCAGCAGUGCAGGCUGUCGAUUUCCAUGCACAGAAGCUCAGAGAAGCCAUGGAUGAGACCCAGAUAUCUGCUGACAAAAAGUCGUUGCAGUGGCGCGAUUUGGAAGAUGCCCUGAAGGUACGAAGCAAGGCUGUUGAUGAAGCAGCUGAUUCUCUACUGAAAGCAAAGGAGGAGAUUGAGCGGAUGCAGAGUAUCAUCGCUGAUUCUAAGAAGAGCCUUAUCAGUGGAGCCAAGCCUCACAUCAUCUCUGCAGAGGAGAACUUGCACCGCAUGAUUGUUGAUCUGGACAACGUUGUUAAAAAAGUGCAAGCUGCUCAGUCUGAGGCAAAGAUCGUAGCCCAGUACCACGAGUUGGUGUCGCUGGCCAGGGAGGAGUUUCAGCGCGAGUUGGACAGCAUCACCCCCGAAGUACAGCCUGGCUGGAAGGGAUUAAAAAUAUCCGAUAUAGCGGGGCGGCUGAGCGCAGACGACCUGAAUUCCCUGAUAGCCCACGCCCACCGGCGCAUCGACCAAUUGCACAAGCAGCUGGCAGAGUAUAGAGUGAAAGAGCAGCAGCAUAUCGAGGCCGCCUUGGAGAAGCAAAAACUGGAGGACAAAAAGGCACUGGAGGCUGCCGUUACCAAGGCACUGGAGCACCACCGAGCCGAAAUCCACCUGGAGCAGGAAAAAAAGGCGGAGGAAGUGCGAGAGGUGAUGGAGGCAGAGAUGAGAACCCAGCUGCGCAGACAGGCGGCCGCUCAUAGCGAUCACCUAAGGGAUGUCCUGAAUGUCCAGGAGCAGGAACUGAAGGCAGAAUUCCAGCAGUCAUUAUCAGAGAAACUGUCCGAUCAAGAGAUGCAGUUUAAACGCCUGGCACAGGAACAGCUGGACGGAUUCACGUUGGACAUGAACACGGCGUAUUCCCGACUGAAGGGCAUCGAGCAGGCUGUCGAGGGGCACGCAGCUGCUGAGGAAGAAGCCAGGAAAGCCCAUCAUUUGUGGCUUUCGGUGGAAGCUCUGAAGUUCACCAUGAAGACAGCCGCCGGCGAUAGCCCCACGGAACCACUUGAAACUGCGGUCCAGGGCAUCCGUUCCAGCUGCUCCAACAAUGAAUUCACCGAAGCCUUGACUGGGGCAAUUCCCCACGAAUCCUUACACCGCGGCGUGUACAGCGAGGAGUCCCUGAGAGCCCGCUUCUAUUCCGUCCGUAAAUUAGCCCGUAGGGUUGCCUUGAUCGAUGAAACCAGAAACAGUUUGUACCAAUAUUUUCUAUCUUACCUGCAAUCCCUUCUUGUUUUUGAGCCAAAGGAGCUGAAACCACCAACCGAACUCAGCCCCGACGACCUCGACACCUUCAAAUUACUUUGUUAUGCCUCUUUCUGCGUGGAACGUGGGGAUCUAGAAUUGGCAGCAAAGUUCAUCAAUCAGCUGAAAGGAGAGUCCAGAAGGGUGGUGCACGACUGGCUGAACGAGGCCAGAUUAACGCUAGAAACGAGACAAGUUAUAGACAUCCUGUCUGCUUACGCCAGUGCCGUGGGCUUGGGCACAACACAAGUGCAGUAGUGACAUCACAGAAAACUACAAAAUUUGACAUUUUGUUGCAGUGUUGAAAUUCAUGAUCCCGUCCCCCAUAAACAGUCACCUCAUUUAAGUUCUGAGUUGUUAAAAUUAUUUACCCAAUCAAAGUACCACUUAGUUGCACUCGGCUCCCCGGUACCGAGAUACCACGGCAUUGUAUUAUUCUUUGUUAUCAUGAAGCCCUCAGUAUCAUACCAUACGUCUUUAUGUUCCCGGCUUCCACUGAUCCAACCCAAACGGUACCAUCUACUGCUGUCAAACUUGCUCCCUCCCAGUGCACUCAAAUAAACAGAGAUGAAGACUAAACUAUAUAUUUUUGCCUUAAUAAAUUGGAUCUUAUUUGUGUUAA